AGAUUAAGGAUACAUGUGGCAACAGAUGCUGAUAUAUCUCAAUGAGAGCAACACACCCUCUAGAGAUGAAGUCCUAAAAAAUCAGAGAAUGGGAAUAUUGGCAGCAAGACAGAAGUGAUGCGGUCCAGCAUAUACCGCCUCCUGGGGCGAUGCCUUGGGGUGGCAGGUUACAUGGUGCAGUAUGGGUGCAUUGCCCACUGCACCCUGGAGUUCGUGGGGGACUUUGUUGUUUGCAAGGGCCCAUCCAUGGAGCCCACUAUCUUCUCGGAGGAUGUCAUACUGACCGAGCACAUCUCACCUCGUUUCAACCGCAUCCAACGUGGUGAUGUCAUCAUUGCAAGGUCACCCACCAACCCCCACCAUCACAUCUGCAAGCGGGUCACAGGAGUUGGAGGGGACAAGGUCAAGAAUGGAUACAGAAUACACAUUGUGCCAAAGGGGCAUGUUUGGCUAGAAGGCGACAAUGCCCUCAACUCGACUGAUUCUCGCACUUUUGGCUCUGUCCCAGCUGGUCUGAUUCGCGGAAGGGCUGUGUGUCGUCUCUGGCCCCUCUCUGAUGUUGGUAGGCUUGACUCAUUACCAACGUUUCAGAUGGAUAGGUGAUAAUGGACUCCCUGCCACCAUCCCCCCUGCCCGCCACCACACAUGAUGAGAAACACCUCUAUUGGGAAGCCAUGUGCCGUGUGUCAGCACCACUUUGUUUGCUCAUUAUCCGUGCCAUAUCCUAUUACCUGUUGAUGCUGGAAGUGCAUUUACACAGACUUCGGAGAUAUCCUGUUUAGGUCUUCCUUACCGUUCAGAAUGACUCAUCCCUCUAAGUUUCUCAUGCACAAGACACAUAGGGUCUUCAUUUUUUCCUAUAUUUAGUUCUCUGUUCUUUUCUAUUUCCCAGGAAGGGCUGGUGUUGUGGAAUGUCAUGAACGUAGGAAUAGUGGUUAUAUAUUGACACGCACACGCACACGAACACACAUGCGCACGCACACACACCAA